GAAAUGGACAGAUUCUGACAGCUAAUUAAAAAAGUUAUGAUCUGUUCCUUCAAGUAACAUGGAUCGUGAGCCUGGCCAUCUCACUAAAAACCCUCAUGAUGCAGUGGAUGCUCUUGUUUGGGCAAAGCUUGUUGGAGUGGGAAACUCAAAUACUGGGAAAACCUGCAUAAUAAAGCAUUUCUGUGAAAGCAAAUUUAGUGCAGGAUACCAGGCCACUGUGGGUGUGGACUACGGGUUUAAGAUACACCGAACCAACAACAUGGAUUUACGAGUCCAUUUAUGGGACUUGUCGGGUAAUCCAGAGUACAUUGAUGUGAGGAAUGAGUUGUAUGAUAAUGCUGACGCGAUCUUCCUGGUGUACGACAUCACAAAUACUGCCUCGUUCCAAAGUCUAGACGUUUGGUUGAGAGAAAUCCACAAAUACUGCAACUCACAUCCAGAAAUUGUCCUGGUGGCUAAUAAGGUGGAUGUUAAAGCUAAACGAGCUGUGUCAAUAGCAGAGGGCAGGAAAUGGGCUAAGGAUCACAAAUUGGCGUAUUACGAGACUUCACCAGCCAGUGGAGAAGGAAUAGAGAAGUUGUUUGGGGACCUACUACAACAUAUCAUUGAGAAGAAAAAGAUCAAAUCACAUUCUUGA